AGCUAAAAAUUUCUAUUGUCUUGUAAAAUCCAUAAGAAACCCUUUUUUUGUGACAUGAAACAGCUGUUGAAUGACAGCUGUUGUGGAUUGUGUUUGAACUUUAUUAACAAGAUAAAAGAGUAUCGGGUAAGAUAUAAUUUGUGCGCAUAUUUUUGGCUGAAUUUGAAAAGAUGAAUGACAUUUUGUACUAUUCUCUUUUAAUUCCCGUUACUUUUCCUGUUAUGAUGAUUUUCAUGUUUUUGGCUUGGAUGGGUUUCCAACUAUUUAUUAACAAUUAAUAAGUUUUUAUGCAACAUUGCAAUCUGUGUUAUACAUUGAAGAAUGAUACCAAAGCUUUCUUUUGGAGCUUUAAAUUGUAUUCUCGAUGGACUUGUUAUGGAAAAUGUCAUACUACAAGUUUUAGGUUACAAAUUUGUUCCUGGAAGUAAUAACAAUCGCUUUCGGCUGUUAUUGAAUGAUGGCCAGAUGCUAUUUCCAUAUGCUAUUCUAGCAACUCAACUUAAUUCUUUAAUUGAAAAUAAGCAAUUGGAAAAAUAUACUAUCAUAAACUUAAAAAAGUAUGUUUGCUCUCAAAUUUCUUUAGAAAAAAAAGUUAUUAUUUGCUUAGAUAUUGAUGUAAUAGCACUAGGAACAAAUGUUUCACAGAAAAUUUCAAAUGCAAGCACGUCAAACAGUUUUAAUGAAGCAGAUAUUCCAACUCAAGCGUUUGAAGUGUCUACCGUAACAAAUACAACACCAGUUGUGCAACAGUCACUAUUCAACGGCGAUGGGUUAAACUCUAGUACGUCUAGCACGCAUGGGAGACCAGUUGCGCAACAGUCAAUUUUCAACAAUGAUCAGCUGAAUUCUAGUCCCUUAAGGACUUCAGAAGGACCAGUUGUACAACGGUCAAUAUUCAACAAUGAACAGUUAAACUCUAGUACAUCUAGCACUCAUGGACGACCAAUUGUGCGACAGUCAAUAUUUAAAAAUCAGUUUAACUUUAGACCCUCAAGAACUUCUGAGAACACAGCUGUGCAACAGUCAAUAUGCAACAAUGAUCAGUUGAAUUCUUGUCCCUCAAGCUCUUCUGGAGAACCAGUUGUGCAACGGUCAAUAUUCAACAAUGAUCAGUUGAACUCUAGUACAUCUAGCACUCAUGGAGGACCAGUUGUGCAACAGUCAACAUUUCAUAAUCAAUUUAACUCUAGCAGCGCAAGAACUUCCGGAAGGCCAGCUGUGCAACAGUCAAUAUACAAUAAUGAGCGGUUAAACCAGAGUGCCUUAAGUGUUUCUAAUUGUCCGAGUUAUAAAAAUUCUAGUUCAAAUGCAGAUUCAAGUAAUAGUUUUGUGCCUAUUUCAAAUCUCACACCUUAUCAAAAUAAAUGGGUCAUAAGAGCUCGUGUCAUAUAUAAAACUGCAUCUAUAAGUUACAGACAUCAAAGACAUGAAGGGAAAUAUUUUUCUUUUUAUCUCUUGGACGAUUCUGGUGAAAUCAGAGUUACAGCAUUCAAUGAGCAUGCGAGUCUACUUGAAAAGACUAUUGAACUUGACAAAAUAUACCAUAUUUCUAAUGCCCAAGUGAAACUAUCUAAAGGUAAUUCGGCCAUAAAAUCUGAUUUUGAGCUUGUUGUUGACCAAAGUACCAAAAUUGCUGCUUUUGAUGAUGACUGUGCCACAUUUCCAAGAUUAUCUUUCAAUUUCCGGCAGAUUUGUGACAUAUCCUCAUGCAGUAAAGAUACUGUAAUUGAUGUGAUCGGCAUUUGUAACGCAGCGUCAGACGUGAAGAAAAUUGUAGCUCGAUCGGAUAAUAAAGAAUUAUCUAAGAGAGAUGUUGAGCUGAUCGAUACAAGUGAGACAGCAGUGACCAUUUCAUUGUGGGGUGUUGAUGCAGAAAACUUCAAACAAGAAAAUCAUUCUGUUAUAGCAAUAAGAAAUGCGAAAGUUUCCGAUUUCCGUGGCCAUUCGAUUAGCGUUUCUCCUUUUAGUAUGUUAUUUAUAAAUCCAGAUAUUCCAGAAACAUCUGAAUUAAAAAGAUGGUUCAGUAACUUGAAUCAAAAUGUGAUGUUUCAGUCUAUAUCAUCCAAUGCUAGCUUGAUGAUGGGCAACCAAAAUUGGAAAACAUUUGCACAAAUCACAGCUAAUGAGCAAUGUUAUGGUGAUGAAGCUGAAUAUUUUUCUAUCAAAGCUACUAUCAUAAUGGUUGCAAAAGAAAAAUGUUUGUAUCAAGCAUGCCCAGCUGUAGAUUGUUUUAAAAAAGUGCAAUUGAUAGAUGGUUUGUUUAAAUGUUCAAAAUGCAAUCAAAUUUAUAGUACUUUCAAAUGGACAUGUUUAUUAUCCAUAAAUAUAGCAGAUUUUACGGACAGCCAUUGGGCAAUAGCCUUCAAAGAGAUCGCAGAGUCCUUUAUAGGUUUCACUGCAAAAGAACUCUAUGCUAUGAAAGAAAGUAAUGAAGACAAAUAUUAUGAUGUACUGUCAGAUUUGCACUUUAAAUCAUACAUUUUUAAUUUACGUUCAAAAGUAGAAACAUAUAAUGAAACUAGCAGUCUAAAAACUACAAUUUUAAGCAAAAAUAAUGUUGAUCCGUUGUCGUAUACUAAAAAGCUUUUGGGUGAUAUCAAACGUUUUAGCUCAAUAUUAAAUGAUUCAGAAUAAUUUAACAAUGAGCUAAACGGUAAAAAAAUAUUUAUUCUUAUAUGCGUGUGUUUAAUGUAUUCUUACAAAAAUAUUUGAG